AUGGAAGAGACUUCAACUGCGACAAGAGCGUUGUCGCCAUCAUCUAUUGCUGCCGAGCCGACUUUUUCGGACUCACACGAAAACAUGGAUUCUUCCGCUGAAACCACGUCUCAAUUGGUUGAAUCGAUUGGAAAGGAGAAACGUAUAAAUCGAAGGAUUGCGUUGGCGACGCUACGUGCUGCGCCCAUUCCAAAGUUGAAUCGAAAUUCCAAAGUGAUGAUUGAUCUGACAACGGAAGAUGUAAGCCCUCCUACUCUAAAUUUUCAAUUCUUUGAGAGAUAUUCGUUUUAGGAUGACCCGACUAACAAAUGGUUUGUCAAUACCUUUGCUUCAAGGUUGCCCGCGAAAGCUGUCAAAGUAACAGUAAAGGAAUCUUUAUUCGAUCAUGUUGAUGCUCCGAAAAACGUUCCUCACAGCAGUAAGUUUGCAUUCUUUUUUCAACUUUGCCCUGUUUGAAUAGUUAUUCUAAAUCAUGGUAUAUUUUCUGUCAAGAAUUUAAAUGCGGUUCUAUUUUUUUGUCCAUUUUUGAAUAUAUUUUUUUUUCAUUUUUGCUAAAUGUGGUUAGAAAGACGGCUAUUAUAUUAAUUUAUCAUCUCAGAAUUCCUAUUGCAGUUAUCAAACAGAAGAAGCUCAAGAAAUUGCUGCAAGAAGGUCUUGCUAAGAAGCGUAGGGCAGGAUUGGAGAAACGCCAACAACAAUACCAGCUAGAUAACGAGCAUUUGAUGCCUGAUGAAGAUGAUGAAGAAGAAGAUUUCAAGUUUAAAAAAACCAAAAAGUAUGUGGGAUUUUUAUUUUCCCACUUAUUUCUCAUCAGAAAGGUGGAGAAACCUAUGGAAAGUGACUACGACAGUGAGAACGAUGAAGAUUACAAAGAAGCUAAUUCGUCUAAUGAAGAAGAAGACAGUGACGAUGAUCCAGAUAUGAAGCUCAUCAAAAAUCGUUUUAAAAUCAAUAAACCGCAAAGAAAGGCAAACUGAAAAAGCCAUAUCAUGAAUUAAAAUCUCUUAUUUUUCAGGAACCAGAGUCUUCCUCCGGUGACGUUUUCGCUUCUCCGACGAAAAUUGCGCCCGACGACGGCAUAAUUCUCAGUAUGAACGUUGGUGAAACAUUGCAAAUUUUUUUUUGAAAUGUUAACUUUCAUAGAGGCCGAAUGCAGACGAGUCGUUUGAUUUCAAUCUUUACGGUUCAAAACCCGGCCCAGGAUCAACAGUUUCUAACUGGCUGGACAAUCGUAGCGAAAUGUCUUUUAUUAUUGAAUCCUCGAUUGAAAUCAAAUUUUAGGUCUUUCCGUCACGAUGAAGACGAAAAUCAUGGCGGAUUCAGAGAUUUUGCUGCCACUCAAAAAGCUUUCGGAGGUGAUGAUAUGGCGGAUAUUCUGAGCUUAUGUUCGGGAAGGUCGGACUCGGAAUGUUCUCGUUAAAAUUUUUGCAAUUAAGAUUCGGAACCCAAGUUAAGUCUCCGAAGAACACGUUCAUUGAUGAGAGUCAGAAUUUACGCGAUGAUUUCGACAUUCCGGACUCAUACGACCGAUCUUUGCUGGAAAGGUAUUCUUUUUGAGGAAUAAAUGAAAAAAAGACAUUUAAACCAGCUUUUUCACGUUUUCUUGUCAAUAUAUGUUGAACAUUUUAUAGUGACGACGAUGAGAAAAAAGAAAUCGCCUCCAAUGAAACGGACGCAAAAUCGAAGAAAAAGCGGUUAAUAGAGUCUGAUGAUGACGGAGAAGAGGAAGCUUCAACAUCAAAUGUUCUUCUCGAUAGCUUACCUGAAACGGCGGUUCUUCAUUUAAACUGAAUUUUUCUCAAUGUCUCUCAUUAUUAUAGCCUUUGGAAGAAGACGAGGAAAACAAAUUUGCGAAAGGAGCUCACGAGAUUGACGAGCAUUCGGCGGAAACAAACCCUGGGAACAAAGCGCGCGCAGUUUUGGAAUCAUCGGAUGAAGAAGAGGGGGCAGAUGGAGAUGACGAAGCUGGUCGGUUCAGAUUUCAUUGAGAAUGUAUUUAAAAAUUGAACUUGAUCUUUUUAAUUCCCCCGACGGUUUUUUUUUUGCACGGUGUAUGCGCUUUGAUAUUGAAGUUUUCAUAGAUUCCGACGACGGCGACGAUGAAGGUGAUGAGGAGAAAGAAGACGACGUGGAAGAACAAGAUGAUUAUGAAGAAAACGAUGAGGAAAAUGUGGAAGACGUUCCUGCCCCUAACUUCGAUGACGAGGAUGACGAGUUGGCUGUUCUGAAAAGAAUCGAAUACAACGAGACGAAGAGAAAGUGAUUAGUGAUGUGCGCUAUUGUCUUAACCCAGAUGAAAGCAGGGAAAAGAAGAAAAACUUUUUUGACGAUGAGGCUUCGCUGUCUGGUGAUGAUGUGGGCAGCGAUAUCGACGAAGAAGAACUCGGGGUCAAUGAAUACGAAGCCGAAGAGGGUUUGAUCACCGUAAACUUGUAUCGAAUGGUUGAAAAUAUUAAGGGGAUAAUGACGACGUCCCGGACUUUGACACGAUCCGUCGACAGAACCAUAAACUGUUGAUGAAGCAAGAGUCGGAUAAAGAGUACCGAGAGCUGGUUAAGCUUCAAGAUCGGCUUCUUGCCGACGGAGACCUUGCUGGCACAGAAACCAAUAGACAGUUCCGUUUCCGGAUUCGCGAUGAGCUUGACGCGGCCAUGUUGUUGGAGACGAAUGAAGAGAGAGGGAAUGAAGAAGAGGAAGUCGAAAAUGACGAUGAAUCCGCUAAAGCUGAGCGCGCCGCUCUUCUGAAGUUUCGGAUUGAACAGGUGCGUUUUUUGAAAAGGGUUUUUUUCAAAUGAAAAAAAAAUGUUAAGUGUAGAAUAUGUAGUUUUUGAUUUACAGUCGGAAAGCAUGGAGCUUUUCCUCGAUGAUCCAGCUGCUACUGAAGAAGAUCCAUUCGAGCGUGCCGCUAAGAUUGUUCAGGCUUCAAAAAGCUGCAUGAAUCUUAUCACUGAGGUAACUUUGAAACAUCUGGAAACUUUUUGAAUCAGCUAUCAAAUUUUAUGGUCAAUUGGAAAGGAGUUAUACUUCCAAAGAACUUCUUCUUUCAGAAACCAAAGCCAUCUCUAUUGUCCAAAUCGACGUUAAGCAGUACCUUCAAAGAAACCAUCGGCUCAAGUAAAAUGAAUUAUAUUUGCCUGAAAAUUUAAUUUUUUAGGCGUCAGUGGUCCGAAGCAGCUGUACGUGAGAAACCAUCGUCCUGAGAACGAUUCACGAGCUCAGAGCGAGACGGCCUUGAAUGGUCUCAAAAGAAAAAGUAUUGUCUCACCUACUGGUAGAAAUGAAGUCGUGAAAAAGGCGCGUCCCAGCAAACUUAGUGUUCUGGAACAAUCCUAA